AUGUCACAACAAAAAAGUGGAAGAAGUUUUGGAUUCAUGAAACCAUUUAUGAGGCUGUGCAUGUGUUUCCAAGCGGCGGUGGAAGGAGAUCAACGUGGAAAGUCUAAGACAUUGUCACGGAGGACCAGUUCGGUUUACUCGGUGAAGUCAUCUCCGGUUAAUUCUUCUGGUUGUAGUCCGAUGGUAGACGAAGAAAGAGAUGAGAAGAUUAAAGAAGUUAUUCUCUAUUGUAAGAUGAAUUCUCCACUUAAUUUCCCUUGA